UUGAAUGCUUCACCACACGCAAACAUAGUCUGAGCUUGCACAUUUCGGAAAUCCCGUAAAGCAGCACAGCUUGCACCGCAAGAGCCGAGCUCCAUCGGCGGACGUUUCUCGAUCUCUCUGCUGUCGCGUGGCGGAGGUUGGUGGAGCUGUUAAGCCGGAUCGGUCUCUGAUGGACGGUCAGUACUUGGUCAGUGGCGUCUUGGCUCUGUUCCUGGGGAUCUUCCUGCUGUACAAGGGGCUCGGGAAGCAGAAGAGGAGGCUGUCCAAGAAGGGUCGCGGCGAUGACUAUGUGAAGAGCUCUGUGGAUGGAGGUUUCGUGCCCGGCGGCGUCGAUGGGAGCACCGACAUCGUCAUUGUCGGAGCAGGCGUCGCCGGUGCGGCUCUCGCUUACGCGCUCGGGAAGGAUGGACGUCGCGUGCGUGUAAUUGAGAGGGACCUGACGGAGCAAGAUAGAAUUGUCGGCGAGCUUCUUCAACCAGGAGGUUACCUGAAAUUGAUGGAAUUGGACCUUGCAGAUUGCGUGCAAACAAUUGAUGCCCAAAGAGUUGUCGGAUAUGCUCUUUUCAAGGAUGGGAAACACACGCAGUUGUCUUAUCCAUUGGAGAAUUUUCAUUCGGAUGUCGCCGGCAGAGGUUUUCACAACGGCCGUUUCGUUCAAAGCAUGAGGGAAAAGGCCGCAACUCUUCCAAACGUAAGUCUAGAACAAGGGACAGUAACAUCUCUAAUUGAGGAAAAGGGAACUGUCAAGGGAGUGCAAUACAAGACCAAGGCCGGGGAAGAGUUGAAAGCAUAUGCUCCCCUCACCAUCGUAUGUGACGGUUGCUUUUCAAACCUACGCCGUAACCUCUGCUUUCCGAAGGUUGAUGUCCCCUCUCAUUUCGUGGGGUUGGUCGUGGAGAAUUGUGAUCUUCCAUUCCCAAAUCACGGCCAUGUCAUACUGGCAGACCCUUCGCCUAUCUUAUUUUAUCCGAUCAGCAGCACUGAGAUCCGUUGUCUGGUCGAUGUCCCUGGCCAGAAAUUGCCCUCUUUAGCCAGCGGUGAAAUGGCCACAUAUUUGAAGACAAAGGUUGCUCCCCAGGUUCCCCCUCAAUUGUACAAAGCCUUCAUCGCAGCAAUUGACAAGGGAAACAUCAAGUCGAUGCCAAAUAGAAGCAUGCCUGCCAAUCCUCAACCCACCCCUGGAGCUCUUCUGAUGGGAGACGCGUUCAACAUGCGCCAUCCAUUGACAGGAGGAGGAAUGACCGUGGCUCUUUCUGAUAUCGUUUUGCUAAGGAACCUCCUUCGCCCACUUCAGGAUCUGAAUGAUGCAUCUGCUCUAUGCAAAUAUCUCGAGUCGUUCUAUACACUGAGGAAGCCUGUGGCGUCGACCAUCAACACCCUGGCUGGUGCUCUGUACAAGGUCUUCUGUGCAUCUCCAGACCCGGCAAGAAAGGAAAUGCGCCAGGCAUGCUUCGACUAUCUGAGCCUUGGCGGUCUCUGCUCAACUGGGCCAGUCUCUCUGCUCUCGGGUCUAAACCCCCGUCCAAUGCACUUGGUCUGCCAUUUCUUUGCAGUAGCAGUAUAUGGUGUCGGGCGGCUAUGUCUUCCAUUCCCUUCGCCGAAACGCAUGUGGCUCGGGGCCAGACUGGUUAAGGGUGCAUCAGGUAUCAUCUUUCCCAUAAUAAGGGAUGAAGGAGUAAGGCAGAUGUUCUUCCCUGCGACUGUGCCGGCUUACCACAGAGCUCCUCCUGUUCACUGAGAGAAUGCAGCAAAGCUCGAUAAGCGCAUGAAUAUGCGGUCAAGUUCGUUUCUUCUAGUCACAUUCCUCUCUCGUAGUAGAUGGAGAGGCCUGCCAGUUAUACUGCACUCGGAAGAGAAAUGUGCAUUGGAACUAUAGAUUUCGUUACGAUAAGUAGAUUCAUUCAGAACCAGAUUUUCUCAGGAACCUUGUAACUUUCCUUUGUUCUCUAGUUGAUCCAAUCAAAUGUUAAUAAAUACUACUUCGCUCUUUUCUGUU